ACUCCCCCGGACACAUUGACAGAAGAACACCUUUCUGUUUAGGUUCUCACAUGUGUAGCCAGCAAGACCGGUGGCUAAAACUAUUUGAUCGCAUUUUCGGUUUACCUCUCAAACAAGAUGGGGAAGAAACGGUCGAGUGAAGAUGUGGAUGAGUCCAAAACGCACGCGAAGAAAGGAAAAGUAUCUGAGACAGCAGAGUUCAAUGGAACUGUUUUUAAAGCCAUGUUGAAGGAGCCGACCAAGGCAAUGAAGGGCUUGGAUACAUUCAUCACGACGGCGAAGAAGCUGCCAUGUCCUGACCUGUAUGACGUUGUUGAGGGAUACAUCAAGAUCUCCAUGGAGUGUUCUGAGAUCUUCAAACUGCUGGAGGGAGACAAGCAGAUGGAGAGUGAAAUGAUGUUGAUUUUCCAGAGUUUGGAGAUGAUUCUGCUGCGUACGGCCAGUGAUCUCUCUCAUUUCAGCAUGGUGGGAUUCACUAUAGUAAAGAAGGCCGUCUCCAGCUAUAUGAAACUCAUACAGACAUCCCUACACUCAGAAAACCACAGGUUUGUCCGUCACUGCCUGAGUUUCCUGUCAGCCAUGGUAUCCCAGGGAGCAGACACAGCCAGGGAAGUCUUCAGCCACUUCCACUUCACUAAAGGCCUGUCUGCUUUGGCCAAGAGGAAGGAUAAGAUGGGUAGACCUGAUGUCCGCAUGGCUUACACCCAGUUUGCCCUCUCCUUCCUGGUCUCUGGUGACAACGUUACUAUUGGACAACUGCUGGAGAUGAAAGAUUUCCUGCCAGACAUUCUAAGCAGCGGACUGAAGGAGGAUCGUAUCUCCACUGUCAACCUGAUUCUGUCUACUCUGCAGACUAAGGUGGGGCCUAAUCUCGUUGUCUCGGUGACCUUUCAGGGGAAGAUGGUUGUGAGGAAACUCUCCCAUCUCCUCCUUGCCUCUGUGCUCUCCUGGGAAACAUGGGCUGGUAACAUUGUGCUACUGCAGUUUGUGGUGGGGCUGAAGCAGGCUACAGAGGACGACCUGGUGUCUGAUCUGAUGGUCAAUAUACUGAGGGUCAGUCCUGACAUCUUGCCCAGGUUCUUCAAGGAGACACAGUUAUCCUUCAUCCCUCGCCUCAAAUCUGCCUGGACGGACAACAUCACUCUGCUCAAGAAGUUUACCCAUCUUUCCUCUCGUGUGCCUGUCCCGUUUGCACCCAUCUUUCCUAUCGUGUGCCUGAAGAGAGCUCAGGGGAACCGCUUACCCAUCUUUCCUCUCGUUUUACCCAUCUUUCCUCUACGAGUGCCUGUCCCAGUUUACCCAUCUUUCCUCCGUGUGGAGGUCCCAGUUUGCCACACAGCGGUGGUGCAGCACACAUCAUGUUUCCUUCUGAAGAGAGCUCAGGGGAACAUAGAGUUGUGUCUGGACCAGCAGUACAGUGAGGUUCUACCGGACAUGACGAGCAUCGUGUCCAAAUGGCAGUCACUGACCAAGAAGGAGACAGGAGGGAAGGAAAGGACGAAGGAAGGAGAUGUCAAAGAGGACGCGAAUAAAGUUGAACAACCCGCCCCGUCAGGCCCCGAGUCUCCAGAGGUCAUCGUCCUGAAAGCCCUCAUCCUUCAGGUCAUGCGUCUCUACCAGAAGGUAGUGCCUCAUCUGGUUAGCCAGAGCAAGUUUGACUUCAGCAAGCUGCUCAAAGGUAUCGUGUCAGAGAAAGGUAUGAGAGAGGAGGUCCAUCCAGUCCUUCAACACCAGAUAUUACAACUGGCCCUGGACCUGCCGGCCAGCAAGUUCUCCUGGUUCAGAGUUCAGGAUCACGUGGAGACGGGCUCUGGGGAGAAGUCUGUGUUCUUCCUGCUCCUCAAGAUGUUUGUGAGCAGCAACAACAGCCACCUGAAAAUGUCCACCAGGAAACUGGUGCUGAAGGUGCUGAAGGACAGUGGAGUGUUUGAGUACACCUGGUCUGAGCUGGAGCUGUGGCUGAAACACCUGGACAGACUACAGACAGAGCAGCAGGACACGGUCAUACACUUCCUGGAGAGGGUGCUCAUGUGUCUGGUGUGUAACCCCUACACCUACACAGACAAGGUUGCCAGUCUUGUCCAGGAGGCAGCCUACCUGCAGGCCAAUCUUAGCGGACAGGACGGAGACACCGCCAGCAUCCCCAUCUCACACAUAGACGACGUGCUGGACAUGGUUGAUGUGAUCAUGGAGGGCAGCGAGGGGGAGACGGAGGAGCUGGGCCCGGCGCUUAGUGAUGACCUCAUCCUCCAGACCUUCCCUUUCAGUGCCGUGGUACCUGCUGUCCUGGAGGCCAGGAACAAACUACCUGCUACCUACAGAACGGAGAAAGGUGUAAUAUACGACUACAUGGCCACAGUCCUGUGUGACGUGCUCCACUGUCAGAGAGACCCUCUGCCCCUCAGCCUGGCUCUUCUACAGUACGACAAAGAGCUGAACUCCUCUGAAGAUUCUGGGCCCCCCCAUCACUCCAUUGUUCACCUACAUCACUACUACACAACAUGGCUGCCCCAACAGGCCCGGGAACCUCUGUCCUGUGACCUUCACUGGUCUACUGAAGACGGCCUACACCCAGGGGCCUCUGCCCUGCUAGAGGACUCCUUCCGACGGAGACUGGAGAAGAGUCUGGUCACUAUGGAGAUGGCAGAGUAUCCCGUUGCAGCCAAGCAGAUCCUACUGUACAUCAGAACCACUGUGGACAACUGCAGCAUGUUGUCUAUAGACACAGGGCUGCUGGAGCUCAAUGUCCUAAUGGGAGUUCUCCAGGGGCUGGUGUUGAGGCUUCAGAGCCCACAGGAACCAACUGAGGAAACCGAGGCAGAGCCCAUGGUCGAAGGAGAGACUGAGCCCAUGGUCGCUGAUCAGAAGGCAGCGGAGACAGCAGAAACCAUUGCUGUGGAUCCCAAGGAGACGGAGCCUAUAGCUAUGGACCAGGACACAGCCACUGUAGUAGAUCCAGCCAAGGUAGCAGAACCCAAAGCUGUGGACCUCCCGAAUGGAUCAGAGCUCUUCCUGGAGGUCAACCCGUCUUCUGAAGCAGAGGACGACCACAGCCUGGUGGUGUUGUCAGUGCUGAGUUCCAUCCUGAAGCACCCGUGUAUCGAGCAGUGGUUCCUGUCUCUGGAGUUGUCCUCCGUCCCUCCUACGUCCCUCAACCCCGUCAGGCUGAAGCUGCUGUGUGCUCAACUGUCUGACUGCAUCCUGGGUCUAUUACAGUCCUCUGCCUCCGUCCUUCGACCCCUGAACUCCCUCCAUCUCCUCUCCCCCUACCUAGAGGCUGUAUCAAGGGCUCUGCUCAGAGAACUGGGGGAGACUGGGGAGAGGAGGGAGACCGACAAGGAGUCCCGGCCUGUGAGAGCCUUCAUGGCCUUGCAUGCCUACAUGGAACCCUCUCUCCUCCAGGAGCUGGUCUCUUCCCUUCUCCUCCUCCCCAAGGAGGCCCUCAUCACCCCGGGGGAGGGUGACGGGGAGGGAGAGGAGGACAGAGAGAAGAGCCCCAGAGCAGCAGAGCUCAGUGUCUACGGACGCACGGCUCUACAGGUCCUCACUGAGACCACCUCCUCCGACGCCUCUUCAUCCGGCUCCCCUAUCCUCCUCCUCUCCCAGGCCCACCUCCAAGGCCUGGCCACCCUGCUCCUCUCCUGCUCCAGCCCAUCUCUGGAGACCUUCCUCCUGCAGGCCCUGAGGACCCAGCCAGGCAACGCUAAACUCCUCCACACUGACAUCCUGCUCCACUGUCUCCAGGGGCCUCUUACUGCAGCCACCCAGGCCCUCGGGGUAGCUCUGCUGCAGAACUGCUCUGCUCACAGGCUCUGCUUCGAGGUGUGGUGCCUGCAGCCGCAGCACCUGGAGAAACUGUCAGACCAGACGGAGACAUUCCUACCGCUGGUCAACCGUUACCUGCAGACUGCAGCCAGAGAGGACCCCGCCAGGCCUAAAGACGUUCAGACAGCGGUGCUGAAGGCCCUGAAGAAGGCCCUGUUCCCCAGGCUGAGCCUCUCUGUGCUGGGGCAGGAGACAGGGGAGGCCCUGGGGGCUGUGGAGGUUGUGGAGGCUCUGUCUAGUCUGGUCAGACUGACAGCUAAGGUCAAGGACAUCAGAGAGCUCAUCGCCUCCCUGCCAGCUGCCUUGCAGAAACUAGACGGCUUUGAGAGAUGGCAGCUAGUGGACCCCAUCAGUGCUGUGCUGUCUGUCUGUCCCGAGCUGGAGUUGUGGAGGACCCGGGUGCUCUCUGCUGCCCUCCGGUGGCUGAGCUCUUCCUACGGCCACAACAGAGACCAGAACACGGCACCACUCACACAGGAGGACAGCAUACUGAAUAGACUGACUGUACUGCUGACUUUUCCAGAAGACAUCACAGCAGCAGAAUGGAACAGCUUUUUCAAGGCUGGACUGAAGUGUCGCUACAGAGACCCUAACUUCCUGAGCACCCUAAACAGGAUGUUGGAUCUGAUGUAUGGAGGUAGUGAAGGACCUAAAGACCUGGUUCCUCUACCUACCAUCCACAUGAUGGCCUCCAGCCACUCCCUGUUCCUACCCAUCAUGCUGGGAGACGAGGAGGACCUUAGUGGGAACACACAGGUUAAAGAGGCCCUGGUCUCUCUCCUGCUCAGCCUAGUGAAGAGAAGUCCUGCUGUCUGUAGCAGCAGCCACUUCGUAGUCCUACUGGGAGGGUACGGCGCUACUCUCAGUACUACAGAUCAGAAUCUGUUACUGCUGCUGCAGGAGUACGAACGAAACGGCAUCAGUCUGGUAGACUUUCAGUGCAUGCUUUGGGGCCCAGCGGCGGUGGAGCACCAUAAGGCCCGGAGAAGCCUGGGCGUUUCCUUGUGGCAGCAACCCAGCUCUGAGGACCUGCUGGCUCUGCUCAGCCCUGACACCAUGAUCAACACCAUCACUCACUUCCCCCUGCAACGCAGGAUCAUCCUACAGGAGGGUAAAGAGCUGAUUUUCAAAGAUGAGGAAGUGAAGGAUCUUGGGAGUGUGUACGACCCUUGUUUCCUCCUGCCUCUCUUCAGCGCCAUGCUUCAGCCAGAGUCUGUGAUCGACUGUCUGAAGUUUGUGUCGAGUCACGGCCUUGGUGUGACGAUGGUGUCCCUGAGUAGUUACGACCCCAAGCUGAGGGCAGCGGCCUAUCAGGUCCUGGCUUCAUACCACCAUCAUCUGGAGGCUGCUCGCUUCAGAGAGAAGAGACAGCUGCUGUACCUGCUGGACAUGGUAAAGAAUGGGAUCCGACAGCAGAACCUCAGAAUGCCCUUCGUUCUGACCACGUACAUCGCUAAGGUGGCCCGGCAGAUGCUGAAACCAGAGGAGCACAUGUACGUGGUGGUGAACCGGUUCCUGCUCUCCCAUCAGUGUCUGGACUUCAGAAGGGUUCCAGAGUUCUUCAAGCUGUUCUACAGCUGUGACAUGGAGCACAAAAUGGAGAGGGAGUGGAUUCUGUCUGUCCUCGAGGAGGGCCUGAAAGACAGACAGUGUUAUGAUCUGCUGGACCAGCAGGGGAUCUUUCAGACGCUGCUAGGAUUCUGUUGCAGCCCACUCUGUGACCAACACACUCAGACUCUGAUAGUGAGAGUCCUGCACCAGGCUGGUCGUGUGACCAAAGCAGCCUACAACCUGACCAGCCACGGGCUCCUCACCUGGAUUCUGCAGCUGCUGGAGAGGAGACAUGUAGACCAGGGUCUGCUGAGUGCUGUGGUGGAGCUGCUCCAUGUGCUGUGGUUCACCAACCUGGGACAGAAGGAGACCCGUGGUGAGGGAGCCUCCUCUUCCUCAUCCUCUUCCUCCGCGGCCAAUGAGGACAAACCCCAGGGACACAGCACUCCAAAGGUUCUCCCUCUACCCCUCAUCAGCCAGUUCCUGUGUGUGGCCACCACCAUCAUCAGACAUCUGAGGCUGGUGAAGGCAGGUCAGCUGAGCCUGUAUCUCCAGACUCUGAGCUCCAUCCUGCAACAUUGUGGAACAGCUCUGGGGAUCCACGGGGAGGCUGGCUGGCUGACCUUACGACCCCAGGCUCUUUCCUCCCAAGACGCCCUCGCCCUCCUCCACCGCUGGAGCACGCUGACCCACAAUGCACCGCUCCUCAGCCAGCUGCAGACUGUGGCGGAGAAACACAGUCAAGUCAAGGAGCUGCUGGGGUCGGGCAGGGAGAAAGGCCGAGGGAGAAGCUCCUCUGUCCAGGCCCAGGCCCGUUCUCACUCCCGACCAAAGGAACAGGAGGAGGAACGAGAGGUAGAGAGACGAGAGGAGGAGAAGACUCUGUUGGAGAAGUGUAUUCCUCACCUCAGGAAUAUCUUUACCCACUGGGAGCCUGUCUCUCUUGCCUGUCCCCCUCUUCCCCGCCAGCCCACCUCCCUCCUCUGACGCCCAUACUCUCACCUCCACCCCCUGGCUAACACCACAGCCCAUCUUCUCACCAGGUGGUUCCUGAACUCUUUGGUAGAGGGAGCCUCCACCUACGAGGACAAAGGGACAGUCCACUUCCUUCGCUGGUUCCAGAAGACUGUCCUGUCUCAUAGAUUCAUAGUGGACCUGGUGCUGGCUGACCCUGCUGUGAGAGUGGACCUGCUCCGUCUAUAUCACCAGGCCUGUGAGCCCCAGCCCCAGGCCCAGCCCCAGGCCCAGCCCCAGACCCAGAUCUCUUCCAGGGUAGAACACGUCCAGCUGUUCACCAACAUUAUGAUCCAGCUCCUGGAGUCCAGAGGCUGCACUGAGAGUGACCUGCACAGGGCCGUGCUCACAGCAUGCUCCCUAGGAACAACAUGUGAUGACCAGACCACAAAGGAAGGUCUGAUGUUACUGUCUCUGUACAUCCAUGAGAUGUGGAGCGGAGCGAAGAGCCCAGAGCUGUUCCUGAACCAUGUCAGGUUGGCGAAUGAGAUCCAGGGCUCUAUAGGAACCAAGGACCAGAAGAAGAAGUCCAAACGACGUUCCCAGACACACACAGAACACCUCAGGACCAUCUGUAGUGACCUCCUCUCAGGACUGCAGUCUACUGUUGCACCAUAGGGGUUAAAUAGCUGUGGCAUUACAUUACACCCUAUUGAGUAUGCUAUUUCUUAACCAGGACCCGUGGUCUCUGGUCAAAAAGUAGUGAACUACACUGAGUAUACAAAACAUUAAGAACACCUGCUCUUUCCAUGACACGAUCCCUUAUUGAUGUCAUCUGUUAAAUCCACUUCAAUCAGUGUAGAUGAAGAGGAGGAGACAGGUUAAAUCAGUGUAGACGAAGAGGAGGAGACAGGUUAAAGAAGCAUUGUGUAUGUGUGCAAUUGAGGGUGAAUGGGCAAGACAAAAGAUUUAAGUGCCUUUGAACAGGGUAUGGUAGUAGGUGCCAGGCGAACCGGUUUGUGUCAAGAACUGCAACGCUGCUGGGUUUUUCAUGCUCAACAGUUUCCCGUGUUGUAUCAAGAAUGGUCCACUACCCAAAAAGACAUCCAGCCAACUGGACAACUGUGGGGAGCAUUGGAGUCAACAUGGGCCAGCAUCCCUGUGGAACACUUUAAACACCUUGUAGAGUCAACAUGGGGCCAGCAUCCCUGUGGAACGCUUUAAACACCUUGUAGAGUCAACAUGGGGCCAGCAUCCCUGUGGAACGCUUUAGACACCUUGUAGAGUCAACAUGGGCCAGCAUCCCUGUGGAACGCUUUAGACACCUUGUAGAGUCAACAUGGGCCAGCAUCCCUGUGGAAUGCUUUAGACACCUUGUAGAGUCAACAUGGGGCCAGCAUCCAUGUGGAACGCUUUAGACACCUUGUAGAGUCAACAUGGGCCAGCAUCCCUGUGGAACGCUUUAGAAACCUUGUAGAGUCCAUGUCCCUGAUGAAUUGAGGCUGUUCUGGGGGCAAGGGGGGGGUAGAAACUCUGUUAGGAAGGUGUUCCUAAUGUUUGCUAUACUCUGUGUGUGUGUGUGUACUGGGAAUAGAGAACAGUUCCAUACAGUAGAUUCAGAGUUGAGACAAGUGUGCACAACUCACGUGCAAAUCAUCAAUUUACGUCUAGUGAGAGGACAUUUUCUGAGAAUCUCAAGUCAGGAUACAGUAUGCAUACUUGUUUAAUCAUAAAAUGGAAGCCUCCGUUAUUUUGCAUCUAAAUUUUCUAAAAGAAGUUGUGUGUUUUGUAUGUAAAUCAUUAAUUUCAUUUUAUUUUUUCUGUUCAAAACAUUCACUUCACUCUUUUAUAAAAUGUUGUAAAACUA